AUAUUUCACAAUCUAGUAAAAAUAAAGUACAGAAAUUCAUGACAGAAGUUUCUAAAAACUCUAGCUCAUCUAUUAGUAAUGCAGACAAUGAUGUGAUACCUACAACUUUGAAUGAAACAGAAUCUCAACCCAGCAAUAAUAGCUUUACAUUUUUAUACGAAAAACUUUGUAAUGCUAUAAUUCUCGCUGACCAUAAAAUCCAAGAAGCAAUCUUAUAUUAUUGUAAUUUUAGUAAAGCUCUCAUUCAAAGACGUAAUAAAUUAGCAUCAGAAAAACAAGUUGAUCCGGAAUCUAAUGUAAGAAUCGAAAAGGCUAAAAAGCUCUACAAACUUUUCAGUGCAAUAGGUAUGGAUAAAAUUUAUCAAAUACAUUCCUUUUCCGCUGAUAAAUCCGCCCUAAAAUCUGAAUUCUCUGAACCGAGUUCAGGAAGUGAUCAGCAAAUUUCUUGCAAAAAAGAAAAUAAAGAUUCAGAAUUUUCAGAAACAAAGGUAACUACUACAAUCACUUCCUCUAUCCUAUUGUCUCACACUUCUAAUUCGGGAGAUAAGUUAAGUAAUGAUCGAGAUUCUGAUGAAUCAGAAGUCAAGAUACAG